UGUUAUCUGAGAAGGUGACGAGCAGGCGACUUGUUUGGGCUCUUGAUCCCGGUUGCCUCUCACCACGGAACAGAACGAUGAUCAUCAUCAUCAUCUUGGUUUCAUCCAAAACAUUCCCAUCUUGACCUACUCCGUACUCUUCUCUCGGUUUGACCUCGUUAUCUUCCUUUUUCCACUUUGCUCAUCAUUAAGAAGAUUUCCACGGUGGCAAUUGGGACUCAGUGGCGUUGGUGGGCGCAGUCACUCGUACAUUGAGAAAGCGCAGCCGCAGGUGGACCGUGACUGACCGACCGACCGACCGACCGACGGGAACUUGAUUCAGAGACCACCACCACACCACAAACCCUCGAUCCGUGCUGGAUUUUGAGCGCGUGGUGCUCCGUCAUUCUUGCUCACUUCUCAUGAGCCUCAGCCUCGAUAUUUCUCGAACCUACCGCCUCUCCGGUCGCGCGAGCACCUUCUGCCGUCGAACCUCUAAUCGUCAACAAAUGCUACACCAGUCCUGCCAUCAGUGCACACGACUCGACCGAAUGACACUACCCCCCGAUUCAUUCUAACACAACCAUCCACCCCCUCUGCUCUUCCAAUCGGCCACCAUGGCGGACACCGAAAAGGCCAUCGACGAUAUCUACAAGAAGAUUGAACGGGAAAAGACGCUGAUCACAGCCGCGACGCACAUGCGACAGUCGACAAGCAAUGCUGCAGUCCAGGCACGUGUCGAUAGCACCAUCCGCGACGGGAGAAGAAACAUUACCUAUCUAGAAGACAAGCUACAAGAGCUACAACUGCGUCAGCGGGGCACAUAUGAUGACAGCGCUCCCACCCCUCCCGUUCAUGGUGGUGGUGGUGGCGGUGGUUACCAAACACCUGAUGGCCGUGGCCAGCGAGGUUAUCAAGCAGGAAAUGCCCCGACCCCCCCUCCCAAAGACUCCAGAGGGCUCUUCAUUGGCGAAAGAGGGGAUUAUGGUGACCCCGGCCCCGGCGGUUAUAGCCAGGGAAAUACUGGCAUGAUGCCACCGCGAGCUCCCUAUGGAGAUCCUCGACCUUACAGCGCUCCGAUGCCUAAACCGCGUCCCAAUUUCUCAAAAUUAGAUCUCAUCAAAUACGACACUCCGUAUCUUGGCCCGAAGAUCCAGCUCAUGCUGUCACAGCUUGAAUUCAAGCUGUCCGUUGAAAAACAAUACAAGGCAGGCAUCGAGAAAAUGGUACGGUUAUACCAGGAUGAGGGCGACAGAAAGAGCAGAUCGGACGCAGAAGGCCGUCGUAUUGAAAGCACCCAGAAGAUCCAGUUGCUGAAGCAGGCAUUAAAAAGAUACAUGGAUCUUCAUGUCGACAUUGAAACAUCGGACGGUGCUGACGAUGAUAGCCUCAAUGCGCCAAAUAUGCGGAAACCGUUGACCGGUCAUCUCGAAAUGCGCAUUCAUGCGAUCAAGGAUGUUGACCAUGCCGCGUCUUCACGGUUUUCCAGAGGACCCGAGACCUUUGUCAUCAUGAAAGUCGAAGACAACAUUCGAGCAAAAACUCGAGCUACACGCACAGAUAAAUGGACGGAAGAGACACACAAUGUUGAUAUCGACAAGGCCAAUGAAAUCGAGUUGACAGUCUAUGACAAAGCAGGCGACCGGCCAACGCCGAUUGGGUUCCUCUGGAUCCGCAUCUCUGAUAUCGCGGAAGAAAUGCGACGAAAGAAGAUAGAAACGGAAUACCAGCAGAAUGGAUGGGUAUCAGCCGACAAGAUGGCCAACGGUGGCGGCCCUGGCAAAUCAGGUCCGGAUUUUCAUCAACAGCAACAACAACAACUUACCCCCUUCAUGCCUCCUGGCGAUGGUGCGAGUGCUGGUGCGGCCGCUGGUUUUUCGCAAACCGCUCAACAACUUCAACCUGUGAUGAUUGAUUCAUGGUUUUCUUUGGAACCAGCGGGUAGAAUCCAUCUCACCAUGGCUUUCCACAAACAGACCGGUGCUCGUCGUCCCUUCGACAUCGGUCUGAAUCGACAAGGUGCUGUUCGUCAAAAGAAAGAGGUCGUGCACGAGAAGCAAGGACACAAGUUUGUCAAGCAGCAGUUUUACAACGUCAUGCGCUGUGCUCUGUGCGGCGACUUUCUCAAAUACUCGGCAGGAAUGCAGUGUGCGGACUGCAAGUAUACUUGCCAUACCAAAUGUUAUCCGAAAGUGGUUACCAAGUGUAUCAGCAAAGCAAACUACGAAACGGAUCCGGACGAGGAAAAGAUCAACCACCGCAUCCCGCAUCGGUUCGACAACUUCUCCAAUAUCGGGGCCAACUGGUGCUGUCAUUGUGGUUACUUGCUUCCUCUGGGCAGACGAAAUGCGAAAAAAUGCACCGAGUGUGGCCUCACUUGCCAUGCACAAUGUCAGCAUUUGGUACCGGACUUCUGCGGUAUGUCGAUGAUUGUCGCCAAUGAAAUCUUGGAGACGAUCCAGCGGACCAAGCAUCACAACAAGUCCUCAUCCGUCAGCUCCGGCAUGAGCAGUCGGACCUUGAGACCGAACUCUGGCAGGCCAGGACCAACGUCGCCCACGCAAAGUUUUAUCUCGGAUGGAAGCGCCUUGACUCAGUCCGUGUCCAAUCAGUCCUAUGAUCAACAUCCCGAGCCACCCAAGCCUUCAGCCGCAGCAAAGAGUGCGGCGCAGAACAUGAUGUACAACCAGCCUCCGCAGUCGCAGUCUCCACAGCAGCAGAGACCUUUGCAACAAAGAGCAGUCUCUACUGCCGCUGUGCAAGCCGCUGCAGCGGCGACAAGUCGGCCGUCGUCACAAAACUACAACCAAGGCUUUCCCGACUAUAGCCCUCAGAAGACUCCCUCUGAUCGAUAUGCCAAUGCCCGACCUCCUGCUCCGGAAGUGCAGCCGCCACAUGCUUCCUACGAUCCUCGCGCGUACCAGCAGUAUGACCGACAGCCUGUGCAACAGCAAAUGCCUCAACAUCAGCCACCUCAACAAGCCAUGGUGCCUCAGCAGAGACCGCCUCACCAACCAUCCCAACCUACUUACGCCCAAGCACCAAUAAAACCGGCGCCUUCGCAGCAGCCGCAACAGCAAGUGGCAACACCACCGUCAGGACGUGGUUCGGGCCCAAGAAUUGGGCUGGAUCAUUUCAAUUUCCUAGCUGUGCUCGGAAAGGGCAACUUUGGUAAAGUCAUGCUUGCCGAGGCGAAGAGCUCCAAGAAGUUGUAUGCGAUCAAGGUCUUGAAGAAGGAAUUCAUUAUCGAGAACGACGAAGUGGAGUCGACCAAAUCCGAGAAGCGGGUGUUUUUGAUCGCCAACAAGGAGCGACAUCCCUUCUUGCUCAAUCUGCAUGCAUGUUUCCAGACCGAGACGCGAGUGUAUUUUGUCAUGGAGUAUAUCUCCGGCGGCGAUCUGAUGUUACACAUUCAGCGUGGGCAGUUUGGUCUUAAACGAGCCCAGUUCUACGCUGCGGAAGUAUGCUUGGCUCUCAAGUACUUCCACGAGAAUGGCGUGAUUUACCGAGAUUUGAAACUGGACAACAUCAUGCUCACGUUGGACGGCCACAUCAAGGUCGCUGAUUAUGGUCUCUGUAAGGAGGAUAUGUGGUACGGUUCAUCGACUUCGACCUUCUGUGGCACUCCAGAAUUCAUGGCUCCUGAAAUUCUUCUGGACAAGAAAUAUGGUCGUGCGGUGGACUGGUGGGCAUUCGGCGUGCUCAUCUAUCAGAUGCUCCUUCAACAGUCACCGUUUCGUGGUGAGGACGAGGAUGAGAUCUACGAUGCCAUUCUCGCCGACGAGCCUCUAUAUCCUAUUCACAUGCCACGCGAUAGUGUCUCGAUUCUCCAGAAGCUUUUGACGAGAGAGCCAGAAAUGCGGCUGGGUAGUGGACCAGGAGAUGCUCAAGAGGUCAUGAGCCACGCAUUCUUCAAAGGCGUGAACUGGGACGAUAUCUACCACAAGAGAGUGCCGACGCCCUUCAAACCUACUGUUAAGAACGAGAAGGAUACCAGUAACUUCGACUCGGAAUUUACGAGUGUGACACCCGUAUUGACGCCAGUGCAGAGUGUUCUUUCCCCAGCUCAUCAAGAAGAGUUCAGAGGCUUUUCAUACACUGCCGAUUUCAUUUAGGAGACGAAUCAGGAAUCAGGGGAAAAGUCAGAGGUAGUGUGUGCAGCAAAUUACGAUGGGGCUCUUACGGAGGAUGAUGGUUCUGGCAGCAGUCUCAAGUCGGCCUUCAGUGCACAAAGGAAAGGGAUUUCCGACGCCACGGCUCGGAAGAGCGACUCCGCCAGUUCGUCUGAAUAUUUCGAUGCUGAAUGGGAGAUUGUCGAUGGAAACGAAGAAGGCAACAUCUCAGACGUUAUGUCAUGUCUUGAGUGGAGAUAAGAGCGGCACGAGACAUGCGUGGAAAGGAAGCAUGGUCAAGGUGCGAAUUCAGCAGGGUCGAGAUAGGGGAAGGAUAUUGGGACGGACAGGGUGACAUGAACAUGCUUCUUUGGUCUCCGACAGAACGGAAUCCAUUGGAGAGCCUUCACAAUGAGUUCCAGGCUGAAAGGCAUAGACGAAAAUGACAUGCAGGACCGGACCUUAUUUUGUGCUUGAGAGAGGCAUCAAGUUGGACGAUAGCAAGCGUAAUUGGAUCCGAAGUAUGGAGUACCACGAGACAGACGCCACUCACAUGUUCCGAGGACAAUGAGAUGGAGUGAGAUGAGAUUCAUGUUGAAUGUUGCAUGAGGCUUCGAAAGAUGGACCUGGACCGAGACCAAAGAUGGAGAUGUGUCAUGAGGAAAGAAUGGAUGUGGUGGUUUGAGCAGAGAGUAGAAAAUAUAGAGAGAGGUUGUGUUGUUGCAUGGUAAGCGUUAAUCCAUUUAUUUUGAUUCGGUCGAGCCGAUCCCUUGAAG